AUGGAGCACCACGGCAGGGAGCAGAUGGACCCAAAAGAGGAAAGUCCUCAAGUGUGGGCUGACUCUGCUGAGCAGGAACAGAAUACUGCGCAGGUGCACUUUGUCCCCGAGGGGGGCACAGUGGCACAGAUCGUGUACAGCGACGAGCAGGACCGUCCCUCGCAGCAGGUGGUCUACACGGCGGAUGGCACCUCCUACACCUCUGUGGACACCUCGGAGCACACACUCGUUUACAUCCAUCCUGUGGAAGCUACACAGACUCUGUUUACAGAUCCGUCCCAAGUGGCUUACGUCCAACAGGAUGCCACCACCCAGCAGGUAACUGUGCUCUUGCCUGCUGCUGCUCAGAGCAUGAAUCCCACCAACCUGUCCGUGCUCGGCAGCGUUGCCGAAUCCCCCCAGCACAUGGCUCUGGAGCAGGGUCCACAAGCAGAUAGAGCAUCGUUACCGGUGCAUAACCAGGUGUUACCUCCUAUGGAGGCAGUGGAUGGUUCUGACCCUUUGGCACCUCUGCAGAAUCAAAUGGGAAGGAUGGAAACGAAAGAGGAAGAUGAUGAGGAUGAAGAUGAGGAGGAAGAUGGGGAAGACACUGACAUGGAGGAAUGGGAUCCAGAUCCACCUCGACCCUUUGAUCCCGAUGAUUUGUGGUGUGAAGAGUGUAACAAUGCACAUCCUUCUGUGUGUCCAAAACACGGACCUUUGCAUCCGAUCCCGAACCGGCCUGUGCUGACCAGGGCGAGAGCCAGCCUCCCCUUGGUGCUCUACAUAGACAGGUUUUUGGGAGGUGUGUUCUCCAAAAGGCGUAUCCCAAAACGCACGCAGUUUGGACCGGUGGAAGGACCCCUGGUUAGACAAACCGAACUCAAAGACUGCUAUAUCCACUUGAAGGUGUCUCUUGAUAAAGGUGACAGAAAAGACAGAGACUUGCAAGAAGACCUGUGGUUUGAACUUUCUAGUGAGGCUCUCUGUAACUGGAUGAUGUUUGUGCGUCCAGCUCAGAACCAUUUGGAGCAGAACCUGGUAGCGUACCAGUACGGCCACCAUAUUUAUUACACAACCAUUAAAAACGUGGAGCCCAAGCAGGAACUCAAGGUGUGGUACGCUGCCUCCUACGCCGAGUUUGUGAACCAGAAGAUCCAUGACAUAUCUGAGGAGGAAAGGAAGGUUCUCAGAGAGCAAGAGAAGAACUGGCCCUGUUACGAGUGCAAUCGUCGUUUCAUGAGCUCGGAGCAGCUCCAGCAGCACCUCAACUCCCAUGAUGAGAAGCUGGACUUCUUCAGCAGAGCCAGAGGCCGAGGUCGUGGGCGAGGAAAGAGGAGGUUUGGACCAGGCAGACGCCCGGGGCGCCCUCCCAAAUUCAUGCGUAUGGAAGUAACCAGUGAAAACGGGGAAAAGUGUGAAGAAGGGACGCAGGACUUGCUGCAUUUUUCCAGCAAGGGGCAGUUUGAUGAGGCCGGACAAGCCACACUGAAUGGGUUGGAGCAGCAGGAACAGACUCCAGUGCCAUCAGAGACACAGUCGGCACUGGAGCAGCAGUCGGAAAACCACCCGCUACAAAUCCAGCCGCAGCACGAUGAGAGCACGGUGCCUGCGCAGAGCACCAUGACUGCAGAUGACAUGAGGCGAGCGAAGCGCAUCCGGAAUGCAGCUCUUCAGCACCUGUUCAUACGGAAAUCCUUCCGCCCCUUCAAGUGCCUCCAGUGUGGGAAGGCCUUUCGGGAAAAGGACAAACUGGAUCAGCACUUGCGGUUUCAUGGGCGGGAAGGGAACUGCCCUUUAACCUGUGACAUCUGCAACAAGGGCUUCAUCAACAGCGGAGCUCUCGAGAGCCACAUGAAGUUCCACAUGGACCAGAAAACAUACUCCUGCAUUUUCUGUCCCGAGUCCUUCGACCGCUUGGAUCUGCUUAAAGAUCACGUGGCCAUCCAUGUCAAUGAUGGCUAUUUCACCUGCCCUACCUGCAAAAAACGCUUUCCAGAUUUUAUCCAG